GCGUGUGGAGAGGGAGCCGCUGAGAUCCGCUGCGGACGGGGGGGGGGGGGAGGAGGGACUGCCGCCCAGCCCUUGCCCUGCCCUCCCUUUCCUUCCCCUUUAUAUGCAGCGCUGAACGGCCCGCGCGCCUCGGGGACACGCGCUUCGCGGGACUUCCAGAGGCCGGGACCCUUGGGCGCGCCAGCUGUUCUCAGUAACAGAUAGAGGAGACCCCUGGAACUGAGAGAGCCUGCAGGAAGAAGGCACAACUUCUGCAGAAAAGAAGAGUCGUGUGAAAAAACAGACAGGAGAGGCCUGGAACUGAGAGAGCCUAUAAGAAUCUGCAACGAAAACACACUUGAGAAUGUUUGCCUUCAGUAGCAAAUGUAUAUCAUUAUGAGCAAUUAUUUCCAGAGUUCUUUAAUUAAUGAUCCUGCAGUUACCAUCUUCGUACUUUGCACCCUUGCUUUCUUUCAACCAAGUUCAUGUGCACUAAAAAAAGAGCAUAAAUAUGAAAUAUGGAAAGCAGUGAAGCGAGAUUUGGAACACAUCUCUCCUAAGCUUGAUGCCACUUUAUAUACUGCAGACUUAAAAGAUUUUAAUGACUGUAAUUUAUCGGUGGUGAAAUGCUUUCAGCUUGAGAUGGAAGUAAUUUUGUACGAAUCUAAAUUUGAAAAUGAUACAACGCUAAGGAAGAAAGUAGAUAACAUAAUCCAAAAUGUUAAAUUCCUUUUGGAAAAUGACAAACAGGAAACAAAAACAUCCAAGUGGCAGCAGUGUGAAACAUUUGCAGAAAAAAACUGCACAGAAUUUAUAAAUAACUUCAGAACUAUUGCACAAAUGUGCUACAGAGAGUUAAAUGCCAAAUGAGAUUUCACUGUAAGCAGGAAGGAGUAACUUAUUGCCUCCUAGAAUUGAAGAACUAGGAAAAUAGAACAGGGUCAACGUAGAACAGGUGGUGGUAAGUUAACACCGUUACAAACUUGGCAAGAAUCCUGCAAUUGAAUCCUGCAGGAUACUUUUAAAAAAAAAGAUUACCCAUUUACAAAAUAGGGCUAACAUUGAGCCUCUUUAUAUUUGGCUUCUAUAAUGUGGAUUCUGGAGUCCUUAACAAGCCACCGUAACUUAAAAUUCCCAGGAAGCUUAAAAGGACCAUAUGGUGCAGAAGGAGAAGAGAGUGUGAAGCACACAAAACAGCCUGUGAUGCAUUGUUAGCCUAUGUGUAGGGAACCUUGGCCCUCCAGAUGUUGUUGAACUACAACUCCCAUCAUACUUGGUGAUUGGCCAUGCUUGCUGGGGCUGACAGGCAUUGCAGUGCAGAAACAUCUGGAGGGCCAAAGGUUUCCUCAUUCUGGGGUACACAUUACAGAGCAGAAAAGUAGCUGUGUGUAACGGGGGGGGG